UGAGUGACCGGUGAUCAACGUGCGCAUUCCCCCUCUAAAUAUCAAUCAUAUGUGUGGCCAUAUAACAUCCCUGAAUCAUAUCACUCUCACCUCAAAAGAUGCAAUGUGUUAUUUGUAACACCAAUCAGAUAUAUGUGGCUAUUACAACAACACUAGCCCGGCCAUGAGGUACGCAGUUGAUGAAGUUAUUCUCCUAGAUUCAAUCUCCGUCUGUGCCCUUACAUUAUUGCAUUUAAAUCAUAUCCUUCUUUUGGAAACUUAAUCUUGUUUCGUUUCCUUGAUACGAUGUCGGUAUCUGGUAAACAGUUAGGUAAUCUCGGGUGAUAUGUUGGAAUACGCUGCAGAUAGUUUUUGAAAGAGUAACUUGGUAAAUUUUGGAUCAAAAAGUAUGGCGUUAGGUAAAUACUCUAGGAUUGAUGAUAAGAAAGCGUCUUCUUCUCAUUGUUCAAAGGCAACUAUAGCGGUUGUGAUAGCCCUUUGUGUGUUUGGGGUGUGGAUGAUGACAUCAUCAUCUGUUGUUCCUUCUGACGGUGUGUCCUCUCAGGAGAGAUACGGUGAAUCUAAGACACAAGUGAGUGAGGGUAAUGGGAACAGUUCAACUAAUGAAGAAAAAACAAAACCUUUUGAGGACAAUCCGAGUAAUUUACUUGUUGAUGAGGCCAAUAAGGAUGCUACUUUUCAACAAGAAAAGGUCACAAAUGUCCAAGAUGCAACAACCACGCGAGAAAACCCAAAUGAGAUAGUAGAGAAACCUGAAGGUGAAUCUAAGGGACUGUCAGAUAAUGUGGAAGAGAAGAGGGGAAAUGAAGCAUUAAACCAAAGGGAUAAAGAGUCUGAAGAAGAAAGAGAGAAAAUUGAAGGUGAGUCCAAGGGUGUGCCUGAAAAUGUGGAGAAAGUUGAAGGUGAAUCGAAGGGUGUGCCGAAUAAUGUGGAGAAAACUGAAGAUGAAUUUAAUGGUGUGCAAGAUAAUGUGGAGAAAACUGAAGGUACGACGAAGGGUGUAUCGGAUAAUGUGGAACAGAAGAAGGAAAGUGAAGCAUUGAAGGGAGGGGAUAAAGAUUCUGAAGAAUUAGGAGAAAAAUCUGAAAAUAAAUUUGUCGAAAAUGAUGUUGAGUUAAAGCCAGAAGAAGCUUCUACUCAUAAUACAAAAGGUGGCGAUGAUAAGGAAAAUGGUAUAAUAGAAGAGAAGGUCACGUAUAAAGAAGAUCCGGGUAGUUCUAAUGAGAAUCAAGAUAAGAUUUCUCCUAAUCAGUCUCCACUCCCAUCAGAUGUACCAAAAAUAAAAGAAGCGUCUAGUAGGGAGUCUUUGAAUGAAAAUCUUGAUGAGAAAAAAGAUUAUGUGAGUAAUGUGCUUCCUUCAGCAGAUCAAUCUGAACUUCUAAAUGAAACCAAAACACAAAAUGGAGCAUUUUCAACUCAGGCAGCAGAGUCAAAGAAUGAAAAAUUAGCAGAGACGUCUUUUGAUUUGGCUAAUGGAAAAGGGUACACAUGGAAACUAUGCAAUGUCACAGCUGGACCUGAUUUCAUUCCUUGCCUUGAUAAUCUAGAAGCCAUUAAGAACCUCAAGAGUACAAUGCAUUAUGAACAUAGGGAGAGACAUUGUCCAAACAAUCCUCCCUCCUGUCUCGUUCCUCUCCCCGAAGGAUAUCAACGCCCAAUUAAGUGGCCCACAAGUAGGGAAAAGAUAUGGUACCACAAUGUUCCACACACCAAGCUUGCAGCAUAUAAGGGACAUCAAAAUUGGGUGAAAGCUAAUGGUGAAUACCUUACCUUUCCGGGUGGUGGAACUCAGUUUGUUCAUGGUGCUCUUCAUUAUAUUGACUUUAUCCAGCAGUCUGUGCCUGACAUUGCCUGGGGGAAACGAACACGUGUUGUAUUAGAUGUCGGGUGUGGCGUUGCCAGUUUCGGAGGCUACCUUUUUGACAGAGAUGUAUUAACAAUGUCACUUGCUCCUAAAGAUGAACAUGAAGCUCAGGUGCAGUUUGCACUGGAAAGGGGCAUUCCUGCUAUCUCUGCUGUCAUGGGUACAAAGCGACUUCCCUUCCCUGGUAGAGUCUUUGAUGUUGUCCAUUGUGCACGAUGUAGGGUACCAUGGCAUAUUGAAGACGGGAAGCUUCUCCUAGAAUUGAAUCGCCUGCUCCGUCCUGGUGGUUUCUUUGUGUGGUCUGCUACCCCAGUCUAUAGGAAAGUUCCAGAGGAUGUUGCAAUUUGGGAAGCGAUGACGAAUCUUACCAAGUCAAUGUGUUGGGACUUAGUUUCAAUUACCAAGGACAAAGUUGAUAAUAUAGGCAUCGCUAUGUACAGAAAGCCUACUUCCAAUGAGUGCUAUGAACAUAGAUCACAAGCUGAGCCUCCACUCUGUCAAGAAUCUGAUGAUCCUGAUGCAUCCUGGAAUGUGCCUUUACAAGCUUGCAUGCACAAAGUGCCCAUGGGUCCACUAGAACGGGGGUCUAGGUGGCCAGACGUGUGGCCUGGUAGGUUGGCACAAUCUCCUUAUUGGUUACAGAAUUCCCGGAUAGGGGUGUAUGGGAAACCAGCACCUGAGGAUUUUGCUAUGGAUUAUCAACACUGGAAGCGAGUGGUAACCAAAAGUUACCUCAAUGGAAUGGGCAUUGACUGGUCUAGUGUGCGAAAUGUCAUGGACAUGCGUGCCAUCUAUGGAGGAUUUGCUGCAGCUUUGAAGGAGUUCAAUGUAUGGGUUAUGAACAUUAUUUCUGUAGAUGCUCCUGACACGCUACCCAUAGUUUAUGAGAGGGGCCUGUUUGGAAUUUACCAUGACUGGUGUGAAUCAUUCAGCACAUACCCUAGAUCUUAUGAUCUUCUCCAUGCUGAUCACCUCUUCUCCAAAAUUAAAACGAAGUGUGGCUUACCGGCAUUGGUGGCAGAGGUUGAUAGGAUUCUGAGACCAGAAGGAAAACUCAUAGUUCGUGACAAUCUGGAUGUUAUAGGCGAAUUGCAAACUAUGUUGAAGUCAAUGCACUACGAGAUUCGAAUGAUGUAUUCAAGGGACAAAGAAGGGUUGCUUUGUGUGAAAAAGGCAAUGUGGCGCCCCCAGGAAGUGGAGACACUCACUUAUGCUAUUGAGUGAAACUAAGCAUGAAUAGCUUGCACCUCAUUAGGUUGGGGUGGAUCUACAUUGUGGCUAUAUAUGGUAGGCUAAAGUCCAGGGUAACCUAAUUUUUUCUUUAAUUUUGUAGUAUAAUUUUUUCAUUUUUCCUAUAUAGGGUAACCUAUUUAAAUCUGUUAUAGUCACUCUUCAGCCCACCACCACAAUCCAGAUUUCGGGAUCCACCCCUAUAAUGACAGUAGGUAUUCUUGUACUAUUAUAUAUCACUUAUCAAGUUUUGUUGUUUUGGUGAUUAAUGUAUGUUAUUAGUGUGUCUCAUUUGUUAGCAAUGUACUGAUAAUUUGGCUUAUAAGCUUGUGUAUUGAAUAUGUAUACGCAGAAUUCAAAGUUGUAAAUGAUAAAUUUUCAUUUGGACAAAACAUAAUGAAAUCAUUUUUCUAGUAACUAUAUAUUUU